AUGUCGCGUAACUCCAGCUAUCCGCCACCGCCUCCCCGAACACGGAGUCGUCAGACGACGUACGAUAACCCGAUGAUGACGAACUAUGCCGUACAAACGGAAGACAUCCCUCGGUACGUUCCACACUACGCUUCCAGACCACAACAAACGCACAGUCCUCCGACUACCAUAUCUACAGUCGACGCCGUGGUUCGACCGCCGUCGAGGCCACCAUCUGAAAGAUCGGACUACCCUUCGGAAAGCAUCAAAUUUGAGGAGAAUAAAGGGUUUUUCUUGUCGUACUGGCGAGCUGCGUUGAUCGCAAUUGGUGUUGUCUUACUGUUACUGUUAGUCGGAUUGCUCGUGGGGUUCCUGAAACCGGGACCGACGCCUCCGAGCAAUGUUACGGUGACGGGAGCGCCGCCUACGCUAGAUCCCAGCAAAUCCUGGAACCAUCUAAGACUGCCCGAUACGAUGGAACCGAUAGAGUAUGACCUUCACCUGCGGAUCAACGUCGAUGCAGCCCGGUUUAACGGGUCCGUCUCAAUGACGGUUCGCAUUCUCCAGGACACCGACGAGGUGCUAGUGCACGCAAUGACACUGGACGUAACACAAUCAUCUGUAUCGGUCGCGGAGAAGGACUCCAAACGGAACGUACCAAUCACAAACCAAUUCGUAUUUGAACUCCACAACUAUUACGUCAUCGAAUUAGGCGAAACAUUGAAAAGUGACGAGAGCUACGUCAUCACUUUCGGUGACUUUACAGGCAGGCUAUUGCCCGAUAUGACGGGAUUGUACUUAAGCCCGUACAGGAUGGCAGGACAGGAACGUUUUAUUGUAGCUUCGUUUUUUGAGCCAUCCUUUGCACGGAAGGCGUUCCCGUGUUUUGACGAACCAGCGCUGAAAGCCGUUUUCCGAGUAAACAUCACCCACCCACGAUACAAUCGGGAAACUGUGUUGUUUAAUACCGAGUUAGAGAGUACCAUUGACGCAGACACUGGAUGGGUAACAGAGAUAUUCAAAGAAACUCAAAAGAUGUCCACCUAUCUCCUUGGAUUUGCACUCGGUGAUCUUCAGAAGUUAGAAGUUGUCAGGCAAGGAGGGCACACGGUAAUAAUAUAA